AUGCCAUUAAAGGCCAACGGGGAAGUGCAAAUAUGUGCUGACUAUAAGUGCACCCUCAACAGGGCACUUCAACAGCACAUGUACCCUGUGCCAGUUGGGUGCAUCCUUUGGGGAAGUAGUGUCAUAGUCCUGAGCUCUUCAAGGCCCAGGGUCCUAGAGUCUCUGCACGAGGGUCAUCCAAGAAUAGUCCGGAUGAAGGCACUUGCGAGGAGCUACCUUUGGUGGCCAGGGCUAGAUAAAGCCAUCGAGGCCCAAGUACAUGGUUGCUACACAUGCCAGCAAUCCAGACCGGAGAUGCCGCAAGCCCCUGUCCACCGAUGGGAGGACACACACACACCGUGGUCAAGAAUCCACAUCGAUUUUGCCGGGCCCUUUCAGGGACAGCUGUUUCUAAUAGUGGUAGAUAGCCAUUCUAAAUGGUUAGAGGUCGCACCAGUCCCUACUAUGACUACUGCCAGGACCAUCCAGGAACUGCGCAGAAUCUUUGCAACACACGGACUUCCAGACAUGUUAGUCUCUGAUAAUGGGGCUCAGUUUACCGCUUCUGAAUUCCAGUCUUUCCUCAGGGCAAAUCUAAUACGGCACGCCAUACUGGCAGAUUUUCUACUCUGCCAACGCACAACUCCCUGUACCACCACGGGCAGAAGCCCUGCCGAACUCAGAUGGGGCCGUUUGAUCACCAAGCUGCACAGGCUGCACCCCGACCGGGUUGCCUCGGACUCUGCUCAGCCAAAGGCACCUCAGAAUUUGCAAGUGGGUGACUGGGUUUGGACCCGGAAUUACGGGCAAGGGGCUUUGUGGGUGGCAGCCGUGGUUGUUAAGGUGUCGGGACCACUCUCUUAUGAGGUGGUCCUGGAAGAUGGGCGAGUCAUUCGCCAGCACAUUGACCAGCUGCGUUGGAGGCUAGCGAACCAGUCGCUGGCUCAGGCCUCUCAAGAGGGCCGCAUGCAAGGGCCGUGCGACAGCAGCCCAACAGAGGAGCUUGCACGCUCCAACAGAACUCUUACUCAAGGAGACGGGGAAAAGGCCGUAGGAGAGCUUCCCCCAGACAGACAGUAUCCGCUGAACAGGACCGGCAAACUGCGCUGA